GCUAUCACCUCGCGUGCAUGCGCACAAGUCCUGCGCGUUCAUUUCCGCUCUACCAUUUUGUUUCUGCCAUUCAGUUCAAGGGUAUUAGCACGCGCAGUUGGUUGUCCCGAGAAAUAAUCAUGUAUCGCUUCGCCAAGGCUGCCCUGAACCUCAGCGGUCAAAGUGCCCGUCAGGUGGCUGUGCGACAAAUGUCUGGUCUGUCCCCUGAAUUUCAUGCAAAGUAUGGAGCCCCUCUGCUCAUUGCUGGAGCCACAUUUUGCACAGGUGUUUGGGCAUAUGUGAUCACAUCAACAGGCAUCGCAUGGAACUUAUCACCUGUAGGCAAGGUGCAGCCUAAGGAAUGGAAGGAGUGAUGAAUGCAUUCCCCAUAGUGGACCGAAUACUUGGGGAUUCUGAAUGACAUUCUGAACUUUUCCAUUUUGCAAAUGGAGACAAUUUUCACUUAAUCCAAUCUUCUUGCUGUCUUGGAAUGUGUGUAAAAAAAUGUAAUAAAUUUAAAAAAUCUCAA